AUAAUAAAUAUCAUUAUCUUGUCAACUUUCAGACGAAAAAGCAAAUGGGAUGUGCCAUCCUCAGAAAAUGACAGUAGUUCAAGCAAUACCAAUUUAUCAGCUACAGAUGCAGCAAAAGAAAGGGCAGCAAAACUAAAUGCAAUGUUAGCAGCUCAAGGAAAACUUGCAAAAGGCACUCCACCUCCAUUCGUGGUAUGAUAUAAUUGGUUUAAUUUUUCUACAGCACUUCAAUCUAAUGAUCAAGGAGUUUUUUCGUGAUAUAUAAAUUUUGAUUGUACAUUUACAGGGCCAACCAUCUCCCGCAGCCAAACCGACAGCAACACCUUCUCAGGCAUUGAAUAAUGGCAAUAAGAACCUCAACCAAGAUUUAAUAACAGCUGAAGUUGAGAUUAAUGAUUCUCCAGCACGGUAAGAUGUCCUUACACUUUCCUUAUACAGUAUGCUAUAUACAGUAUGUGUCAUGUAUUUACAAAAUUUAAUACUGUAAAUCCUCUAAUAAGCCCUCCCUUCUCGUGGGAAGAAAGCUAUUAGUCAAUCACGACUGUAAAACUUUGUGUGUACUAAUCAGGGAUGUUUUAUUCACCAACUGACUGUUUGGAGAGGUUAGUUUCAAAAAAGAAGUUGUACUAGAACUAACACAUCAGAAGUGGGUAACACAAAAACUGGUUUUUAUCACCUUUAUGACCUUCUAAUAAAGUUUGAUUACUCAGUAUGAUUUACUAACUUUGCUUAAUGUAAACAAAUGUUUUUCAUCAAACUUCAUGUAUAUACGUGUUUAAUAAAAUUAAAUAUUGUUUAUGUUCCCUUUUUCCUUCUUUUGUUAGAAACUUCUUAUGCCGUGGCACAACACAAGAUGAGGUAAGGCUCCAUAUUAUCAUCACAUGUGCUUGUGUUUUAUUUUUAUUAUUUUAUUUUAUAAUUUUUGCCACACAAAAUAUGUACAUACUGUGUACUGUAUGUGUAUGUCGUGGUUCAAUUUUUUGCUUGGUGUAUGAAUUUGUUGGAAUAUUAAAGUGUUACAUGUGGAUCAUAAACGGGGUGGAAUUUUGAGUUGUCCUUAUGUUUUAUAUAAUUUAAAUAAAAUCAUAUACAUGUAUCAUGAUGGUACCUGCUAGUUGCCUAACAACUGGCACAAGCAGAACUACAUACCUAAACUUUUGAGGUUGUAAUUUGCAAUCAGGAAACUCAAGUAAAUUAAUUUGGCCUUCUUUAUGGUAGAUCAAUCGUUACAGUGGAGCAGCUGUAUCCACCAGGGGGAAAUUUAUGACUGAUCAAGAAAAAAAGGAAGCUGAAGGAACUGGGUAAGAGUUGCUCAGAGAAUUUAUCUUCUCUGAGUGUCUUCUAUCAUAUGCACUCAUAUUUAGGAGAUUGGCACAAUAAUCAGACAUCUCCGUCUGGGACUUUUGUAGUCAACCAUUGCUUCUUUAAUAUUUGCUCAAAACACAAUGCUUUGUACAGUAGAGGGAAAAGUGAUGGUAUUAAAAGACAAGCUAAGAGUGCCUUAUACAGCUUAUAUCUUCCUCAAAUUUUCAUGUUAAAAAAAUGUUCUAUGUUAUAUUAAUGAAAAUUUGCAUGUGCUGAUUGCCACUUGAAAUAUAUUUGUUUCAGAGUGAAACCACUGUACCUCUGUAUUCAAGGACUCACACAAGAAAAAGUUGAUUGUAAGUUAUUGAACAGCCUCAAGUGUAAAAUGUGAAUAUUAGCAGAAUAGUAACAAUAGACUUUAUUGAUUAAUAAUAAAAUGACAACGACAAAUUAAACCUUACUGGAAAAUGUUUGGAAAAAAAUACGAGUGUUUUUUAAAAUUACAAAUGUGCUGUUUCAGUGGCCACAUUUUAUAUGUGGAGAAUGUCAAUCAAACUGAAUCAGAAUGGAUUAGCUUGACCUAACUAACCCGGGAAUUUUUUUUAAUAGGGAUUAAUAAAAAAGACCCUUUCAAAAUUGCAUUCCAUUUGCCCCAAACCCAUUUGCUCAUCAGGCGGUAGCUUAACCCAUUUUCUCUAGCAUGAAAUGUAUAUCGGAAUAUCUCUAUUUCUUCUGAAUGGGAUGCCAGUCUAUCGCAGGGUUACCAUCAGUGUUAAUUUGUGUAUGUAUACCCUUUUAUACACCUCGGUGGAGUGAGAGUAAAGUGUCUUCUCUAAGAAUACAAUGUGGUGACGUAGCCCUUGCCAACACCAUUCUGAUCUGAAAUCAUCACUUUGCUUGCAGUGGCUGUGAAGCGAAUAAUGGAGAUCAUGAAUGGGGCACCAGUAGUAGACAUAAAUAGCAGUCAAUCAUCUCAGCCAGGAAUGCCUCAGCCACCGAGAAUGCCUGUUCCUGCCCCCAUGCCAACUCCUGUUUUGAACCAAACUUUAGCAAUAUUUGACCGACAGCCAUUGCCACCAGGGGUAAGUACAGUCUACAUUUAUGGGAAGCAACUCAGGGGGUGUAAGGAAAAGCUAACCAGGCUUUUUUAUUAGUCAAGCCAACUUUUUUAAUCAACUGCACCUUCAAACUUGCCCAUGUCUUUGUUUUCCAGAGCCAUUUGAGUGAGCUAGUGGUAAGCGCUUCUUCUGCUGUUGAAGUUGGCUGGCAGAUGGCUCUUAGUGACAUUUCUUAGAACUAUCUCCUUGUUCUGAGAAAAAUAGUUCCUGAGUAAUCCAGUAGAUGUGCUUUUUUUUGCAGAUGCAUUAUGUUCAAGAGAAAGUGUUUGUUGGGCUAGAUAAUGCCUUGCCAGAAUUUAUUGUAAAGGACAAACUUCAAGGACCAGGGGUAUGUCUGUAGUCAUCCUAUCUGUUGUUGUUUGUGGAGGAGCUUCAGGCUAAAUCAUUUUAAGACUAUUUUUUCAUAUUCAUUAAAUUUUACAGCAAUGUAGAUCCAUGGUAUCUUUUGCUCAACAUCAUCCUCGGAGACCCAGGGGCAGAUAGUGGGGAUGAGGGAAAGUCUAAAUGGACCGAAAAAUAUGGCACGAAGAAAAGUAAAGAACGGCGAGAAGAGCCCCUGGGGACAAUGUCUUACCAGACCAGUUCCAAACGGUCGCCGUUUUCUGGCACCAAUCAGAAGUCAGAACGGCGGCGACCGUUUGGAACUGGUCUGGUAAGACAUUGUCCCCAGGGGCUCUUCUCGCCGUUCUUUACUUUUCUUCAUGCCUUAUUUUUCUGCUGGUUUAGACUUUCCCUCGCCCCCACUAUCUGCCCCUGGGUCUCCGAGGAUGGCUCAACAUUGCAUAAUGAAAACAAUAUUUUUUCUCGCUCUUCUUUUACCAGGGAUCCUAUUUCCAGCACAUUUGCACGCAAACUGGAGCCAAGGUAUUGUAACUGUCAAUCGCUAUCAUCCAAUUUAAACAUGUGAUUCUCGGUUGAAAAGUACUGAUUAUUAUAAAUUGUUAUAAUAUAACUUGCAUCAUGAUUGAUAAAGGUCACCUAUAAUUAUUUUAAAUUAUAAAACUACUGUUCCAGGGUGUAGUGACUGUAGAUCUGUUCAACAUGGCAGACAAUAAUCUGUACAUGUUGUGAAUGGCCUCGACAUGUUAGGGUGAUUAUUGCCAUCAUUCUUGUUUCAGCUGUCAUUAUUGUUAUAGUUAUUGUUAUUAUUAUUUGUUGCUCUAUAAUUAUUAUUAAAAUAAUUGUUAUUAUCAAAAUUAAUAAUUAUUAUUACUAUGAAAAAAAUUUACAUUACUUGCCAUUUUGGGAAGCUGUUGCCUGGCUUUACUAGCCGAAAGCAGUUGUGCAGGCCUACCAAGCCCCAUUUUCCUUGGCAAAUGUUGCCUGCCUGUCAGAAUUGAUUGUUAUUAAAACAUGCUAGCCCAAAGGGUUGCUCCACUGGUCUCAGGCUAUCAGGCAGCAUUUUAUUUUCUGUUAUACUGUGUGUGUUGUUAAAAGUGUGUCUUUUUGUUUUUACCUUACUCAAGACAAAAGAAUUUUCGUAAUAUGGUGUCCUAUCCGUUUCCACUCUCACAAUGUUGUGUUAAACUUGUAAUCAGCCCAGACUUAUUUCAAAUUAUUUUUUUAAAGGUACAACUUAGAGGUAGAGGAUCUGGAUUUAUUGAGCCAACAUCUGGUAAAGAAGCUUUUGAAGCUCUGUAUAUUUACAUAAGGUAUGUAAAAAUUCUCUCUUGUAGCUACUGUAACCUUGUAAUUUUUCAUCAGCUUUAUAAUAAAAGCAGCACUGAGAAUACUCUCCCAUGGGCUCUUGUCAGUGUCCUCUUGAUAGUGGUGUCUGCUAAAUUCUGGUUCAUUUUACAGUAAAAAUACAAAGAAUAGUUGGAGACUCAAUGGUACUUGGGGGGUCCACUUUAUUGGUUUCACAUUAUUGUGAAUGUGUACAUUCUAUACUACAUGAUAUUACUGAUAUAAUGUUACUAUUAUAUUCUUGUUCUAAUAAUAUUUACAGCUCUUUUGAGUAUUUACUCAGUUAAACUAACAUUCCUAAACUCACGGGAUUUAAUGGUGGAACCUCAAUAUGACGAAGGGCCAAGGUUUCAUUGUGUUGAUGUUCUUUUCCACAUUUUUUACUAUAACUGUGGUGAAGAAUACCAUUUGUUAUACCAAGGACUCCAGUAUGAAGAGGUUUGUGAUAUGGGCACUCCACUUAUUCUGUUUAAUGCCAAUGCUAUUUUUUUUUUCUCACUUCCACAGCCAUAGUAAGGUCGAUGGCUUAGCAGCAGCAAAGAAAUUAGUGGAAAAUCUUAUAGAAACAGUGAGUUUCUAGCUUGCGUCAUUUAUUAGAUCUAUUUUAAGACAAUACUCUUGCAUAAGGAAUGUUGAUUAUUACAUGUAACUAUGAUUUUUGAAUGAGCUUGUCUUGAGGAUCUUGAGACUAAUGAAAAAGAGAGAUAGUGAAGGAUACAGUAGAAUAGUCAGAUCAUCCUUCUGAUCAAUCACCACUAAUUGACGGUCUGUUUAUUUGGUAUUGUGUGGUUCCAAAAAUUAUCCAUACCUCCCCCACAUAAGGGAUUUUUCCUUAGACCCCCCCCCCCCCCCCCCUCCUCCCCCCCCCCCCCCCACCUCUCUGGAAAUUCCAGUCAAGCUUCAUACAUUUACUCAAAUUUUUGGGCCUUCGAGAAUCCCCCCUCCCCGCCAGGAAUUUCCAAUCCCUUCUGUGGGGGAGUAUGGAUAUUUUCUGGAACUACACAUUGGUAAUAUAUGCAUCAUUAUAAGUUUCUGGGAAACUGCCCCCCUACCCCUCCCCUAAGCCAACAUUAACACUUCUCACUUAUGGCAAACCAAUAAUAUUAUUUUAUUAAUUUACACAAAAUGAUGAUUGUUGUUACUUGUAAUCCUUUAGGUUCAUACUGAAUACAAAGCAUUUGAACAAACAAGAAGAUCACAUUAUGGAUAUUCACCUUACAUGAAUGGUGGGUUACAAAAAGGAAAGAAAAAACAUUCAAAGGGGCUACAUCAUGCUCUUUACUAUCUUAAUAAAAAGCUAAAAGGUGUCUUUGCAUCAUGUGCAUUGCAAAAAUAAUAGCCCAGUUUUGUUAUUGAACACUAUAUUUAGGUAAUGAAAAUUUUUUAUGUCGCCUGUUGGACAUGGAUUGAAACUUGAAAAAUUUGAGCCAUUUUUAUCAAUUUUUAAUGCCACGCCUGCAAAAAUCACCAAAACAUUGUUAUGGUUAAGUGCUCCCUAAUGAAAUUAAUUUAACUGACAUCUUCUUCAUAAUUCUACAGGGGCAUUUUGCAUAAGGGUAAAGACAGAAGUUAUGACUUCAGCACAGAAUAGACCUUUGUUACGGGGCGGCCAUUUUGCCUCAGGAGAUUUAAAAAGCUUUGUUUAUGCAUGGCACAAGGCUAGCCAUGCAUAAACAAAGCUUUUUAAAUUUUCUGAGAUAAAAUUGCCGCCACAUGACAAAGGUUUGUUGGCCUCAAACAGCAAAAUCCUCGUGACAUAGUUCCGUUACUGUAACUAUGCUCUUGUUAAAAUUCCAGGCCCAAGUCCCUGAAAGGCUGAUUAGCACUAAAUCCAGGAUUAAACAUUUUGUUCCAUUUUUGUAUUUACCUUCCUAUGCAUUGCUUAGAGUAACAUUCUAUGUUAUCAUCAUUGAGUCUUGUCAUAAAGUGUAAGCUCUAGUGACAUAUUCUUAGUCAAGACAAUCCUGCUUAAAAUUUGGCUUAAUCCUGGGUUUAACUUAACCAUCUUUCGAGGAACUGGGCCCAGGAGUUCGAUUAGCCUCAAGCUUUGCCAGACUUAUGGAUUCAGCUAGAGGACCCCUCUUAGUAGCAAACAGCUCUGACUUGUACUUAAAUGAUGCAUAAUAACAAGGCACAUAUAUAGUGGAUAUUACAUGGUGGCGCGAAGAUAUGAAUUUUAUUUUCGAGUGGCAAAACAAUAUUUUACUCACUCGCUGCGCUCAUUCGUAAAAUAUUGUUUUUGCCACGAGAAAAUAAAAUUCAUAUAUUCAAGCAGCCGUGUAAUGUUCUUUCUAUUAUAUAGACAAAAAGACAUUGAUAAAAUAAUAGAGGGAAAUGACCGAAAUGAUGUCAUCGAUAAACUCACGUGUGAGAUUAUGGAAAAUAAACCACUCGGGUCCCGGAUGUAGUUUUUAUGAAUUUUACGAGUGGUAUAUUUUCCAGUAAAACACUCGUGUCUAUAUAAUAAAAAGUAAUAAUAAAUUUAUUAAUGUAUGUUGAAAGGAGGGUUAAGAAAGUAGAUGGUGGUUUAGAUUUCCCAUCUGCUGAUAUUGCCCUCCAAUAAAAAGCUAGUCAAAUUGAACGUGUGCUGCUGUAAAGUUCUUUGCAACAUGUACUAAAUCUUGCCAACAUUAUGACUCCACUUGAUCCCUUCUACUUCAAACUCAGUUAAUUCCAUUUUCCUGCUAUUUCAAACUGAUCAAUAAUUUUACUUUUUGUUUUUCUUUUUGCUUUUUGUCAUCAUUAACAGUUUUCUUUGCUUUACUUUUGUAACAGUUGGAAAUCCACCUGCACAACCUCCUUCAGGAUACCAGGUCUGUAAAAUGAAAUCUUGAAGUUAUAAAUAGAUAUUCCUGAAGUCCUAUGAACUAUGAAGUAGUACAGUAUUAGUCUGUGUUCACUUGUAUUUUCUUGUCAACUCAAUUUAUUUCAAGUGAAGUACAUGUAGCACUGUCAUGAAGUUCUUGGUGUAUUUUUGUCAAAAUAUGAUCAGUGAGUGUUUUUUAUUGUUGCCAAGCGCCAUCUUUAACACCAAAGAAAAGUCUUUAUGUGAAUUAAUGUUAGCAAAACAAAUAACUAUUUCUAGCAAUUCUUCAGAAACAAUGAUGUGCCAUUACCUUGCUCAACUUUAUUUCUCUUCCGCUUGGUUCAUUGUCAUUGUCUUCUUUCCUCUUGUUUCCUCUCCCCUUAAUCUUUCUUGACCUAGUCAUAAUAUAUCUGUUUAGUAGGAACAUUGUAAUGAUUUCAGUAUCAAAGCGUAGGAGUAAUUUACAUGCAAUACCCUCCUUAAUUUCCAGCCUCCACCCUAUGGAUAUCAACACCCACCCCCACAUGGUAAUGGCUUUCCCCAGCCUGUCCAGCCUCCUCCAGUGCCUGGAUACAUGUACAACCAUCCUCCUCAUGCGCCACUACAUCAGGUAUGUGUUAAUACUUCUGUUUAUGAGAAUUAAUAGAUCGGACUUGAGUCCUUGGAUCCUCGAACACAAGCACUUCUUGAAGUGAUGAACAUGCCUGCCCUAUGACUUGUUGGACAUUUUUUUAAAAUCCUCACAAUAUUUUGUUGUCUUACCCGUGGUCAUCCUCGGAGACCCAGGGGCAGAUAAAGGGGGCGCGGGAAAGUCUAAACGGGCUGAAAAAUAUAUAUAGAACAAAGAAAAGUAAAGAACGGUGAGAAGAGCCCCUAGGGACAAUGUCUUACCUGUCCAGUUCCAGACGGUCGCCGCCGGUCUGGGUUCUGAUACGUGCCAGAAAACUUGUGUUUUUCUGGCACCAAUCAGAAGCCAGAACAGUGGCGACCGUUUGGAACUGGUCUGGUAAGACAUUGUCCCCAGGGGCUCUUCUCGCCGUUCUUUACUUUUCUUCGUUCCAUGUAUAUUUUUCCGCCCGUUUAGACUUUCCCUCGUCCCCACUAUCUGCCCCUGGGUCUCCGAGGAUGACCCGUGGUUUGUGUGUGACCUGUGAAUUAUCAUUCAUGUGUUCUUUCACACUAGAAAAGUCUCUGGCACCCAGAGUACUAGCAUGCAAGCAUAUUAACGGUCAUUUUGUGCAUCACUGUUGUCAUUGUUUAAAUAUAUUUUCUUUUAUUUACAGCCUGUUCCACCACAUGCUAUUCCUCCUCGCUAUGGUCCUCCACCUCCUCCAGGUACGCAUGAGUGGAAUGUUGGCUAUUUAGAAAAGUAACUAAAUGUAGUGUCCUGUGAAAACAGAUAAUUAUUGUCCCUGAACCCCAUCUCAUGGCUAUGUAUGAUUGCAUGACAGAAGGUUGGGGGUAAAACUAAACUAGCUUUGAUAAUUUGAUUUUUCCCCGAAAAAUGGUCACAAUGUUGCACUUUAAACAUAAUUUAAAAGCAGCAUUAUUUGUAUAAAAUUAUGAUGAGUUAAACAUAACAGUUCUGCUGUACUCUAACAUUAGUGGUGGCAGUUUCACCAGUGUAAAUCUUAACCUUGUUGUAAUGUUAUUUCACUUGUUGUUGUAGUUGCAGGUUAUCCUAACCAACUGCCACCCAAUAUGGGUCCUCCACCCCCAAGAGGACCAGAACCACAUCAUGGCUACCCUCCUGGACCCCAUCACCAAGGAGCACCUCCACCUGGCCCACCACCAAUAAGGCCCCAUCAGGAGGGCCUAAAGCAACCUCCCCCUCUUGCACCUCAUAUGGUAGGUAGCAUGUUGUGUCAUGUCCAAAAAACUCAUUUUAAUGUCUGUCAGAAUGCAAAUGCAAUUUUGUUUCCCUUUUGCUCUUGUUGAUGGCAUUGUGAAUGUUUCUAUGUUAAUUGGUAGUUUUUGUGGUUGUACCGGUAAUCUAAAUAGCAUACAUCGAAAUUUUAUAUGGAAACUUUUUGUUUUGUAGUGUUUUUUUAAAGUAAUUUGUUAACCUUUUGCAGUGUUUUUGUUUUGUAUUCAGUGUAAAAAAGAAAUAAAUAAAAGCUGUAAAAUUACAAAAAAAAAAUUAGGAGUGCAAAUGUUAAAUUUGCUUCUUUGUUCUUGAAGAGACCACCAAGGGAAACUGAAUGUCAGUCUCAAGAUCAAGGCCCAGCAGCAAGGUAGGUACAUUGCAUGUGUUGUGAUUUCAUUAUUUUUAUCUUUUAUUCAAAUUAUUUGUUUAUUUGUUUAUUUUUUCUUUCCAUAAACUUGUAAAUAAUUUAUGUGAAAGUACUAAAACAUGCUCAAUAAUAAAACAAGAUAAUACUGCAUAGUGAGUGUCUUAAAUGACCAUGUCACAAAAGUACCGUAUCUAUUCGAAUAAGCGCCCAACCUCAAAUUAGCGCCCACCUCAAAUAAGCACCCAUCCUAAAGGCAGAAAAAGUUAAUAAGCACCCAGCCUUGAAAAAAGUGCUCAUCCCCUCCUCCUCCCAAUCAAACUCAAAUAAGCGCUCACCCCCACCCCACCCACUUGAGUGAAUAAAUUCUAAUAAGAAACUUCCCGAGGAUGGAGUUUUCUUCAGAGUAUUUUACAGAAACCUUUCUUUUUUACUUCUUCACGUUUUGUUAUUAGCAUUUAUUGUUUUGUUGCAAAAUAAACAUACUUCACUUGCUGAAAAUGGUGAAAAUUUAAUAAGCGCCCAGCAUUGAAUAAGCGCCCACCUUGAAUAAGGGCCUACUCUCAAGGUCAAAAAAUUUAAUGAGCGCCCAGGGCGGUUAAUCGAAUAAAUAUGGUAAUCAAACUUCAAAUGGGGGGAACUGCCACCAAACUGAGUGAAACAUCAAAAUAACUUCACAAAACAUUAAAUGAAGGUAUUAAUAACACAGCAAAUACAAAAGGAGGGAAAGGUGGACAAACUUGAAGAAGAUUAAAAUGGAUUACAUUUAUAGCUAUUCAAAGCUUUUUCGCCUAACAGUUUUUCAAAGUUCAUUAUUUUUUGUUAUUUGUAAAGUUUGUUAUAAUGCUUGGGAGACAUACAUACUUGUUUCACGCAAACCUGUAAUAAUAUUUUGCCAUUCCCAAGUUAUUUCUCAAGAUCCAUUAGGAGUAAGGAAACCAAACUAUCAGAAUGAGCCAGACAACCGUAAUUCAGCCCCCUUAAUGAAAAAGGAAUUUUUUUUAUUGUUUUGUAGUCACCAAGAGCAGUCUCAGAGGGGAAAUGGACCACCACAAUCCCAAGAUCCACCCAGACGAAAGUUCAAAGAAAAGGUACUGUGUCUUGCACAUGUAAGUGGGGCUAAGACCAGCGGGUUGUUUACUAAAGACUACUGUAGCAACUGGUGGCUUUCAAAUAUGAGUUUUAAAAGUGGGUGUCAUUUAGUGUUGAUGACAGAUUUCCCGCCUGUGCAGAAAUUCCAUACUGAUGACGUUUACUACUAAGAUCUGGGUAGUGCGUCUGAUUGGUCGUGCUGAGAAUUGCUUCAACCAUCACAAGCACUACCCAAAUCUGGGUAGUGAACAUCAUUGGUGCAAAAUGUCUUUAAUUUUUUUCCUCAGGCUAAAUGUUCAUGUACCGUACAUGUAUUGUUGUGUCGCAGUAGUUGGCUUUAUCAAGAAUGUGCUUGUUUAAGAACUCCCAUAGCUCAGUCGGUAGAGCGUUGGGCCUUUGGUCCAAAGGUUGUGGGUUCAAACCCCACUGGGGGUCAGUGGCAUAAAUUUACUGCAAGUGUGGUGCUGCCCUUUGUUCCACCAAAGAACUAGGCUUUUUAACAAAAUCAGAUUCCUUGUUUGAAAAAAAAGUUAGGAUUAAUAUUAGGCACUUUUAAUCUGGAGAAAACCUGUCCCGUUUAGAAGGGUGACCCUCCGAACCAAGUCAACUUUAGCCAGCGUCUAUAUGAGAAUAGAGUUGUCCCCUUUCCCGAGUCAACAGCGCUUGUGCGUGCUCUGCAAGGGAUCUGAUUGUCUAAAACAGCACUUGCGCAUUCUCUGAUCGUCUCACCUCGACGAAGUUGACCUGGUUGGGCGAGAAUUAGGGAGAAUUUGUCCUGGCUAGAUUGGUGAAUCUACCAUCACAAAAGGGUGACCCAGCUAGGUGGGUCGCCUUUCUAACCGAGUCAACUUUUUGUUUCUCAUAUAAACGGUUCGCCAAGUUUUGUAAGGAAAUGUGGGAAAUGUCGGCUCGCUCAGGGUAGUUUGGGUAGGCAGGUGACCCUUCUACCUGGACAACUUUUCUCCAUAUAAAUGGUGCCUCAGUGAACAAAUAGUAAUUUAAUAUUGUGAUUGCAACUUAAAAAACUCUAGAAAGUUAUUUCGCAUUAUGUCCCUCCAUUACAUUAGCAUCUUAUUGUUAAAGAACAACAAAGAGUUGCUUCCUUUUUUGGCCUCUUUUGUGUGGAGCAUUUUUAAUUCUUGAUUUUGUCUUUUCACGUGCUAACAUGAUUUUUUUUCUUUUCUUCUUUCCCUGUAACUUGAUAAUGUUUGUUCAAACACGAAUUUAGAUUCCAUUCAAAGCUUCUACGCAGGAUUACAAGACAGUAGAAGCCGACCCAAAACAUCAGGUGCACCGGGCUCCUUAUUUUAUUGUUUCCUUUGCAGGAAUACUCAGUAGUUCAAGAGUUUGUUUUAUAUUUGUAGUUCAGUUUUAUGUAGCAAGCUUUUGGCAUUCUUCUCCAAAGAGCUGGAGGUAGUAAACGUUGUGAAAAAACGCCAUGAGAAAGAUUCGGAACUUUCGUUUGCUUUUACACUGACUUUAUGAUUGUUUGUUAUUUACAUGGACAAACUGGUCGGUUCACCUUUUGGGAAAUAGCAAACAAAUCUGGACUGAUACGUCCAAUUACCGAAAAACGACAAAGAAGGCCUGAAAUCGGUAUCAGUGAUGGUUUUGAAGAAGUGGAACACAAAUUUCCGCUUCGAGCAUUCCGUUAGGGAAAACAAGACUACCUUUUCAGAAUUCCUGUUGCUCCUUGAAAUAUUCCAUUGAAACGAUUCUGAAACUCGUGUUUCGUUUAUUUUUCGACUGGAUUUUCCGAAAACCUUGUAAAUAACAAACUCUGGAUUUCCCUCUUGUAGUACGAAAUAUAACUACCUGAUUGGUCGCGUUCCAACUAAUCGCAUUGAGUGACAUAGAACAAUCGUAAUCCAUUGUUAGAUUAGCAAUUUAGUUCCGUUUUUUCCUCAGAAUCAAACAUUUUAACCACCCCCUACAAUUUACACACCGGCAAAGAACGAAACUUGCAAUAACUCAAGUCUCCUAGUGUUUUACUAAUGCCUUUUCUCACUCCCACCAAACAGGAAUUAAGACUAAUGGCGUUUGCUAACAUGUCUGUUCUUUCUUUCCUUUGCUGAUUGAUGACUUUCUUCUAGGAGUCCUCCAUCUUAAAUCCUUCCCUAGGUGAAGGCCACCGGCGUUCUUCAGCAGGGAGCAUGCCGCCUCCCCCAGCCCUCGCACCGUCCUUGAAAACCAGACCAAAACAGAGUGAGUUUUCAGCACCUCUGCCGCCUAAAGAUGCGAUGCCUCCCCCGAUAGCUCCUGUGCGCAGCCGAGCACCAGGUAAGGUCCACUUGAGUUAAAUGAAGGUAAAGGUCCUUUGUUUACGUUGGUAGCUUGUAACAGUACUCAUUACACCAGAGAGCUUUAGAUUCUAAGACCACGGCGACUACAAGGAGGAGAUGUUCUCGGAUCAAAAACUGCCUACCUACCCCUCCCCUAAGCUAACAUUUUACCCUAAAUGAGAAGUAAGUCUUAAUGUUAGCUUAGGGGAGGGGUAGGUGGGCAGUUUCCCAGAAACCUAAAUUGAUCCAUGUUCUCAAUACUAAGUAGUGCGCGCGGGUGAACCAGCGUCAUUUUGGCGGGAAAACGUGAUAGCGGUCGUCAUUUCGCGACGGGCAUUAGCGAGGUGCCGUAGUGACGGAAACAAGUUAUCAAGCGUUAAAAGUUUAUCAUUUUGCUAUCCGGAGAGGGAUUAACCUCCUUAAAUAAAAAUAACUGUGAUAACUUCUCUGGUGAAAAAAGGAGAAUGAAACUUUCAGGAGUGUGGUGGUUGAGAAUACGCGAAACAAAAACUCAAAUUUCAUCCUCCAAUCUAUAGGGUCUUUAAGAUGCCACAACGGCGACGACAACGAGAACAUCAAAAAAGCGAUAGGUUGAAUAGGCAUAACAAAAAUUCUGCGCGUGCAUCACGUCUUUUUUGUACAUUUCUUUGCCGUCACUACAUGACUACGACAGGAAAAUGCCUAAUUUCAAGUUUUGUGGAGGACGUAAACAAGCGACGGCUAAUUUUUUUUCCUCUUUCUGAACUUGAAUAUGGUUCUUAGGAAUUCGGCUCAAAAAGGGUUCGCUUGCAUUUGACAAAGUAAAUGAGUUGGAGUGAUCGCGAUGGAGAUUGAAAGAACGCAAAUUCAGUUUUUAAGCGACAUUUUCGUGGCCGUCGCAGUCGUGAUAUCUUAAACUCCAUUAUAAAAGGACUCUACUGAGAAACCCGAGGCCGACGAUGCUCCGUUUUACGGAUAUGUAAAGCAACUUAAAGGUACAUGGAAACUGGAAUAAAGUUGAAACAAGAGCACACCUGAGAAUUGAACUGAACCUCCCUCACAGAGUGCUGAUCCUUGUUCCUUAGUGAAGUAGGGUUUCACUAGGAAAAGAGUGAAGGAUUAUUGAGGCCAGUAAAAUUUCGAUAUUAACAAUACAACCACCACCCACCUUCCUUUAGAUUUAUCUACCCCAAGACUGGCGGUCUUUGCACAACGUUUUCUACGCCUAAACUGUACCUUCAAACUUACUAAGCGUGUUUUGUUUUACAGAUCUUUAGUUUAAGCAACCAUAAGGAAAUUUCUUCUACAUCCCAUGACGUUGAGUCAAUUCUCACCCGGCGUAAACUUCACCGACUUUUGCGGUCGCAAAAAAACAACCAUAAAAACGUCCAGUCGCAUGAAGCCUUGCUAUUUUAGAGCAAUAUUUAUGUUUUAAGAAAUCUCAGGUGCGAUCUUGAUGACCUUACGUUAUUACGGUGAUAUUACGGUGACUCAAGUCGCGGCUCGCGGGGUGCCCGCUUUUGCAGUGGUUGGAAUUGACUAUAAUGGCAGAUGGGAUCUAUACCGGUGUUGUUUUUUCUUUGAUACUAAUUUGUGUUUUAUUCUUGUUUCAUGUGAACCCUGUGGACACUCUGAUGAUGGUAACUUAUAAUUACUUCUUUUCUGCCUUCUUUUUUCUGCUCUGUUAUCAUUUGUUUCCAUGUGUUGUGCUGUGUGUUUCUCAUAACAGCAGGAAAGCGAGAAGCAGCGACUUUCUCACAACCCGCACCUGUUGCAACAAAGAAACAAAAAACGGAGGACAGCGCAGCCAUGACGUCCUCCGCGAUAGCUUCAUUGGUAGCUUACGGCGAGGAGGACUCGUCAGACGAGGAAGGGUCAACUUCACCCGAGCACAAACAGGUUACUCCGCAGAAGAGAGAAGAGGACAAGAGUCGGCAGGGUGCCAGACUGCCUUUUUGGGCCGUGAGACGCUAG